GCAGGCUGCCGGUAGAAGUCGGGCGGGCCGGUGUGCAGAGAGCAGCGUGGUAGAUCCUGAGACUGACUUGACACCCGCCGGGGAAAAAGUUUCGCGGACUCACUGCCAACAUGUCUGGAGAGGACGACACUCAGGAGCUGACCAUCGCCGAUGACUUGGUGGUCACCAAGUACAAGAUGGGGGCGGAGAUCGCGAAUCAGGCUCUGAAGACGGUGGUAGUGGCAGCUAUGCCUGGAGUCUCUGUGCUCAGCCUGUGUGAAAAGGGUGAUGCUUAUAUCAUGACAGAGACUGGGAAAAUCUUCAAGAAGGAAAAGGACAUGAAGAAAGGUAUCGCUUUUCCUACUUGUGUGUCAGUUAACAACUGUGUUUGCCAUUGCUCUCCUCUGAAGAGCGAUCCUGACAUCAUACUGAAGGACGGGGACCUUAUCAAGAUUGAUCUGGGCGUACAUGUCGAUGGCUUCAUCUCAAAUGUGGCUCACAGCUUUGUUGUUGGAGUGACCAAGGACAACCCACUAACAGGGAGGAAGGCUGAUGUUGUCAAAGCAGCUCACCUCUGUGCUGAGGCUGCCUUGCGUCUUGUCAAGCCAGGAAACCAGAACUCACAGGUCACAGAAGCCUGGAACAAGAUUGCAAAGUCAUUCAAGUGCUCUCCUAUUGAAGGCAUGCUGUCCCAUCAGCUCAAACAGCAUGUCAUUGAUGGGGAGAAAACGAUCAUCCAAAACCCAACGGACCAGCAGAAAAAGGACCAUGAGAAGGCAGAGUUUGAGGUGCAUGAGGUCUAUGCAGUCGAUGUGCUUGUCAGUACUGGAGAGGGAAAGGCCAAGGAUGGAGGCCAGAGGACCACCGUUUACAAACGAGACCCCAACAAGGUUUACGGCUUGAAGAUGAAGACAUCUCGGAUAUUCUUCAGUGACGUGGAAAAACGCUUCGACACAAUGCCUUUCACUCUGAGAGCAUUUGAAGAUGAAAGCAAGGCCAGGUUGGGCGUGGUGGAGUGUGCCAAACAUGAGCUGCUGCAGCCAUUCAACGUGCUGCAUGAGAAAGAGGGAGAAUUUGUUGCCCAGUUCAAGUUCACUGUGCUGCUUAUGGCCAAUGGACCACUGCGAAUCACCAACAGCCUCUAUGAGCCAGAACUGUACAAGUCUGAGCAUGAGGUUGAGGACCCAGAACUGAAGGCUUUGCUUCAGAGUUCAACCAGCCGCAAGGCUCAAAAGAAGAAGAAAAAGAAGGCCACAAAGACCGUUGAAAGUGCAACAGGACAGGCAAUGGAGACUGAAGCUGCAGAAUAGAUUCUCUCCCUGCAAGAAAUUCUGACAGACCUCUGAUGACCCAAAGAACAGACAUCAUGAAUCCUUCUGUCCCAGCUGUCUGAGGCACUUGCUGGUGUAGCCGGUGUGAAUACCUCUGAACCUAACUGAUGUCAGUCUGGGAUGAUGCUGCUCCUAAAUUCUGUCACUCCACCUAAAACACACACUCAUUUGUCCCCAAUAAAUGUCAUUGUCCUUGAGGUAGCCGUUCCUCUUAACAGUGGGCACAGUUCAGCUGCAAGAGUGGAUAUUUGGUGCAAGGGCAUUUCCUCAUUGGAUAAUUAAACCCCUUUGAUCUUGAGCGGAUUUUUCCAUAGUAAUUGCUGAUAAAGUUAGAGAGCAUCAAAUGAGUUUGACAGAGCAACCAAGGAUGAUGAAUUCACCAGACUAUCAGUGUAAUCAUGAGGCAUUUAAAUAACUUUAUUGAGGUCAUAAGCCUGAAGCCUUUUGAAGUGUUAACAUGGGCAGAAAUGUAAUGGCCGUCUUGAACCCUGACAUUCUAUGUCAUACACAGCAUUUGUAAUCAUUAUUUCAUGUUACAGUUAAGUUCAGCUAAACUACUGCAUUUGUACUGCUCUUGCUUAAGCCUACUAGCCAUUUUAGUCAUCUGUUGUACUUUCUAAAGACUGACAAAGUGAUUUAAAGAAAAAAGAAACUUCCAUCCUCGGUUGUGGACAGUCUAACUUCUGCCAAGGGUUCAGCAUUCAGUCUUCUGGUGCCACCAAUGAGUCUGACAGUCUGUUUACAUAAGAAUUCCAUACCUGUUAAAUAUAUGGAUACUUUUGUAAAACCAAUCCCACUUUCAGAGACUAUUUUUGGAAACAUUAAAAAACCACCUGACAUCA